UGUUAAGCCAAGAACGUGACGGUCGAUUGAUCGAACAGGUGUAGCAGCAGGUUAAUGACUAACCAUUGCCAUUAUGCCGGCGGCUAUCAAGUGGCAGUGGUUCCUGCUCUUUAGCCUUCUUUUGGUGCUGCUGCUGCUGAUCCCGCAGGAAACUGGGGCUGCCUCCAAGCGAGUAAAACUAUGCCUUCAGCCCACAAUCAGUGGGCGGUGCUUUGGCUAUGUGGAGAGCUUCGCCUACAAUCCCCUGAAGCGACAUUGCGAGCCCUUCAUCUACGGCGGAUGUGGCGGCAACGAUAACCGCUUCACCACCAAAGCCGAAUGCGAGUUCAACUGUCGUGAUAUUUAAAAACAAAUUUCAGUAAAGCCUAACUUGACUUAAUUAAAGUAAAAUCAUUCCUUAAGACACUCCAUA